AUAAUAUGAAACUCGCUUUUUAGUGAAUAUGUGCCCUAAACUCCUCCUCUACCAGUAAAACUAGCUUCUUCUCGAAGGGGAGCUUUGUUCGGCUAACCUGCCUUGAUAAGUUUCCAUACUAUUCGACCUUUUCUGUUUGGCUUCAAUCACUAGAGCCCUUUCCAAAUCGAUUUCAUUAUCAAUCUUUUGCUUAAAAUUUAUCAAAGAACUAAGAUAAUUCAUAAUUAUGAAUCCACUCAUCACCAAACCCCUUAAUUGCUUUAUUUAACUGGUAUUUAUUCACUGCUAACCCACACAUACAUUGUUUGUGUACUCGAGUGAGUUCCACUAGCUGUGCAAUUAUAUAAUGAUUAACGUCCUCCCUCAAUUCUUUUGAUUUUUUUUGUCCUCUCCUACUUCUUUGAUUGAAGAUUCAAAGAAAUAAAAAAAAAUAGUAAAAAAUGAAUCAAAAUUUCGACUCGAUAGACAGCUUUUUCAAGAACAAUGCUGCCAUCGAUAACGACUCGAAUUAUGACAUGGAAGCACAAACAAAAUCUGUUCGUUCUAAUAACAUAAAUACUUCAAACACAGGAAAUGACUCGCUUGCUUCUACAAGCACAUCAUCAACAAUCUAUAGACAAGUUUCUUAUGAAUUACAUCAAGUGAACUCUCCUCAACCACUAGCAGUUACCUCUGGUCACCAGCUUAACCAUUCAUUGAGAGCUAUCGAGAUUGCAUCCAUUUGUCUUUGUUCUGUUAUUGGAACAGGUUUGUUAGUUGGUUCAGCUAGAUUUUUAGCUGCCUCUGGUCCAGUUUCUUUGUUAAUUGCCUUUACAAUCAUGGGUUUUGUAACAGUCCAAGUACUAAACGCUUUGUGUGAAAUGUCAACUUAUAUCCCCAUUCCAAAUGGCUAUUCUGGCUACACUUCUAGAUAUGUUGAUCCCUCUUUAGGCUUUGCAUUGGCCUAUUGUUAUUUAUUGGAAAGUUUGGUAGUUGGUCCAAACCAACUAACUGCCGGAGCCUUGGUUAUACUGUACUGGGUCGGUAGAAACACUAUCAAUCCUGCUGUUUGGAUAACUGUUUUCUUGACUCUAGUGGUGCUCUUUAACGGGUUUAUUAGAAUUGGAAAAUUUUCUCUCUUAGUCACAGCAUUUGUUAUCACGAAAUUUGUUGUGAUCACUGGGGUCAUCAUAUUAUUGAUCGUAAUUAUGUUUGGUGGUGCUCCUUCGAACGAUGUCAUUGGUUUCAGAUACUGGAAAGAGAAUCCUUUUGCAGAGUAUUCUGAAAAAAUCGAUGGAAGCACUGGCUGUUUUGUAUCCUUUUUAUCUGUGCUAGUUGGGGCCUCGUUUUCUUAUCUUGGAACAGAAACAAUUGUGGUAGCUGUUGGAGAAUCUGUGAAUCCAAGAAGCACAAUCCCCAAAGCAAGAAAACUAGUUGCCUACCCACUAAUCACUGCUUACAUUUCAGUCAUUGCUUUGAUUGGCUUAUGUGUUCCAUAUUAUGAUUCAGCUUUGGUUUCUUCAGAGCCUUACUCUUCAGCUGUCGUUGUUGCAAUAGAAAACGCUCUCAUACAAGUUUUACCUCAUAUAUUCAAUGGUGCAAUACUAAUUUUCGUUUUUUCAGCUGCUACUUCCAGUUUUUAUGUUGCAACUCGUGUACUUUAUGGCUUAUCUGUUUCAGGCGAAAGUCUCAAAAUCUUCUCCAAAACAAAUAAAUAUGGAAUUCCAUAUUAUGCAGUAAUUUUUGUGGCUGUAUUUGAUUUGCUAUCAUACAUGAACAUCACAGAGCAAUCCUCCGAGAUCUUUGGUUAUCUAGUUGACACAACUUCCUCAUUUGGUAUAAUCCUCUGGGAUUGCAUUUUGUUAACCCAUAUUUGUUUCAUCAAGGCUUUUAAAACUCAAGGUUUGGAUAGGAAAAAAGAACUUCAUUACUACGCAGCGGGAUCUCCAUAUACCACAAUAAUCGCAUUAUGUAUAUCAUUGCUAGUCACCAUUAUUAAAAACUUUACUGUAUUUCUCAGCACAAAAGAUGGCUUUCAAUAUGGAAGCUUUAUAAGUGGUUAUAUCGGAAUACCUAUAUUUCUUUUGAUGUUCACUGGCCAUAAAUUUUACUAUAAAACGGAGUUUAUAAAAUCUGAGGAUGCUGAUUUAUACUUUUAUAAAGACUAUGUUGAUGCUGAAGAAGAAGAGUAUAAGAAAAACUUACUAGAAGAACAAGCUAAUGUUCUAGAGGACAAAUCUUCAAAAGUUUUAAAAAUCAAAAAAUUGCUUUGGGAAUGGUUUAUAUGAAAAAAAAAAAAAAAAAAAUGAGUCCUUUAACCUAUCA